AUGGAGGGUACAUGUUCCUCCGAAACUUAAGUUGACUUUCAUCAGAUUACACAGUUUUAUAUCCCAGAAAAUAGAACUGUUCAUAGCCACCUCUACAUUGAAUUGUGACCACAUUUAAAACAAAAUUUACAUCUAUUUGUCUCAACAGUUUUAUAGUACUUUAUUUUCUAGCUUGCUUUGUACAAAAUUUGGAUGUUCAGGUGGUUAAUAAAAUGUUUGUUGAAGUGUACAAUCAUAUUUUAAUAUCCUGAAGUGAAGUGAAUGGUCUUUAUUAGUUAAUGUGUGAAUGUAAUACUUCUGUGGUAAUACUGACGGGAAAUUUGGAAGUAUGCAUUAAGAUUACUUUUCUAAUUUUCUCUUCCGUGUUUAUAAAGUGUUCAGUAUGGCAAAAAGCUUACGAAGUAAGUGGAAACGGAAAAUGAGGGCUAUAAAGAGAGAACGAUACGGAGAGAAGGAAUUAGCCCGAUUGAAGAAGGUCUUGGGAAUUGAAGAUGGAGAAGACAUUGAAAUGAAAAAUAUUGAAAAUAUAGCAACAGUUGUUGAUGCAAAAUCCAUUCAGGCAAACACUGAAGAUAUUCCUGAAGAAAAAGGAAUUGAAGAAGAAGAAGAAGAAGAAGAAGAAGAAAAUGAAGCAGAGAAAGAAGUGAUGGAAAUUGAUGAGGUUAAACAGAGUUACAGCAAGAGGACACUGAGGAACGAGCAUGGUAACUAUCCAGUAUGGAUGAGCAAAAGGGAAGUGAAGAAGAGAUCCAUAGGAAACAGGAAAAGGAAACAGAAGGUUAAGAGGAAGAGAAUACAAGACAAACAAAAGAGGAAGAAAAAUUAGAUGGAGUUUCGUCCCAGAUGUAUGUUUGCACGGUGUUUCCCCCGUUCUUGUAAUGACCCAGCUGUUGAAGUAAUAGCUGAUAUCCCCACAUUGUUGCUCCUUCUCGGACAUUUCUACUUUGUGUGGGUUUUGCAAACGAGCCUUUCCUCCCAUCUCUUUCCCCAUUCUUUUCCUUUAUGUGACAGCUCUCCUAACCUGAUUUUCUCAUCUUUAUCUCUGACUUACUCUUGGACAUUUCCCUUAACACUUUGCGGACUGGCAAUUUAAAU